CCAUGUGUCACGUGUGAUUAUGUGUUACAAAGACGAAUACAUUUUUUAAAUCAUUUUUUAACGAAAGUUUUAAAACAUGAACGGCCAAACUGAAGCUGAAGAGCCCCAAAUUUUCGUGCGAUUGGCCGUGAAUCGUAUCAAUCAACACCUUCCCUCGCUUCCGGAUCCUCACUUGAUGUUUUUCACUCCUGGUGAAGAGAUAUCAACUCAGCCAGACUUUUUAAGAGGUCAUGGUACUUAUGUCGAUGAGCAAGAAAUGCUGAGAGCAUCUGUUGCUGGUCGCUUGGAAAGAGUCAACAAACUAAUAUCCGUGAGGCCCUACAAAACACGGUAUCAGGGAGAAAUCGGUGACGUUGUUGUUGGCAGGAUAACGGAAGUACAGCAAAAACGAUGGAAAGUUGAUUGCAAUGCAAAACUAGAUGCUGCUCUGUUGCUGUCGAGUGUGAAUUUACCUGGUGGUGAAUUGAGGAGAAGAUCUGUGGAAGACGAACAAGCCAUGAGACGGUAUUUACAAGAAGGAGACCUCAUAUGCGCAGAAGUGCAGAGUAUAUUUGCAGAUGGCUCGUUGUCGUUGCACACUAGAGUUUUGAAAUAUGGCAAGCUGUCGCAAGGUGUCAUGUUAAAAGUGUCUCCGGCUUUUAUCAAAAGACAAAAGACACACUUUCACAAUUUAACAAAUGGAGCCUGUUUGAUUUUGGGAAGCAAUGGCUACGUGUGGAUUGGAGCAAAUGUUGCUGACACGGACAGAUCCGAGGGUGGUUUCACCCAGGAUUUGUCUCGUGUUAAUCAAGAAAACAGAGAAGUUUGUGCACGACUUAGGAACUGUAUUUUUAGUCUAACCAAGAGCAACAUCCUGUUGUCAGAUACAUCGGUCACCUAUGCUUAUGAGGAAUCAAUGAAAUACACAGUGAAAGAAAUGUUACAUCCAGAGGUGCAGCUCGAUGUCGCGAUAUUAACUCAUCAAAGACUGUCGGAAUUAGUGAAGUAACCGUGUUUA